UCUGUAGACCAGGCUGGCCUCGAAGUCACAGAGAUCCUCCUGCCUCUGCCUCCCGAAUGCUGGGAUUAAAGGCGUGCGCCACCACCGCCCGGCUUGACUUACUUUUUUCUUGUCAAUUUUGGUAUUCUACAACCUGCCUGGGAAGAGUUAGACAGUUACACAUAACUGAAAAAUAAAAACAGGUUUGUCCUAAAAUACAAAUGAAUAUUCCUUUUUAUUUUUAAAAUAAAAACUUCAGUUUGUGAAAUUACACUUGUGGUUAAUUUUUAAAAUGCUGCUUAUAGCUGGGCAGUGGUAGUACAUACCCUUAAUCCCAGCACUCGGGAGGCAGAGGCAGGUGGAUCUCUGAGUUGAAGGACAGCCUGGUCUACAGAGUGAGUUCUAGGACAGCCAGGACUACACAGAGAAACCCUGUCAUCAGAAACAAAAACAGCAUUUAAUUUGGGAGUUCAUAGUUCCAGAGGUCUGAAGUCCAUGACCAUCCUGAAGGGAAGCAUGGCAGUCAUGAUGGCAGUAACAGAGUUGACAUGUUGAGACAGCAGCCAAAAGACAGAGAGAGCGCGCACACAUCAGGGCUAACGGGAAAUUGCAUGGACUUUUGAAACCUCAAAACCCUCCCCAGAGACACACCUCCUCCAGCAAGGUCGUAUCUGCUCAUCUUUCCCAAACAGUUCCACCAACUGGGGAUCAAGUAUUCAAACAUAUGAGCCCAUGGGGCCAUUCUCCUUCAAACCAUCACAGUACUAAUUUGAUAAUUAGAUGCUGAGGAAAGAUGGUGUAGGAAAAUAUUAGGAAAUCUUUUUUAGAACAAUUACAAAUAAUUACAUAAUCUUUUUAUAUAAUUAAACUGUUACGUUUCUGUAAGAACAGAAAUGUUUGUACCAGGGAAAAGAACUUUAGAGCACUCAGUAGUCUGAGCGGAGGUGUUUCAGGCAGAGUUCAUGGUGUCAUAGGUCACAGAAGCAUGCACAGUACAAACUGCAUGUGUCCUGUAUCUAAAACAAAGGUCUCAGGGACGUGGCUCCAUAUGACUUGGGUGGACCUGUGCUGCCAGCAACACCUUGGAUUAACUGUGUGUUUGAUUUUGAGUUAAUGUUCCGUCAUCACACAUUUAAAACCUUCUUACUGUUGCCAGAUUUGUGGUGACUCCUAUGUGACCCUUGUGUGAUCUUGUACAGGACAGAGAUCCAUAGAUUAGGAAACUGAGGGUUUCUGUUAAUUCAACCCUUUAUAUGGAAAGGAUGAAGAGAGAAGGUCAGGGAGAUUGUACGAGAGAUCAAGGUGGAUAGCAGUAACGGACGGGAGCAUCCUUGUGCUUUUGAAAUUUGAUUGUAUUUAAUCUGUAUGGGUGUUUCACUGUGUGGAUGUCUGUGUUCUGUGUUCAUGCUUCAUGACAUACAGAGACCAGAAGAGGGUGUUGAAUCCCCUGGAACUGGAGUUAUAGACAAUUGGGAGCCCCCAAGUGGGUGCUGGGAAUCAAGCCCAGGUCCUCUGGAAAAGCAGCCAUAGCUCCUAACCACUGAGUCUCCUCUCCAGCCCUCCUCCUCAUGUUUUUUUGCUUUCUACCUCAGGCUAAUAAAAAUACGUAACCCUCCAGUGACUAAUUUAGUUGUCUCUUGUAUAAGAUUUUGUUAAGUCUUCUUUUUGUUCAUUCUGCUAACUCGAACGGAAUGCUCAUUACAUCACGAGCUGAAGAGCGUCAGCCACAGGUGUUUUGACGGUUAGAUCAUGGCGACCAUCGAAGAAAUCGCACACCAGAUUAUUGAACAACAGAUGGGUGAGAUUGUUACAGAGCAGCAGAACGAACAGAAGAUCCAGAUUGUGACAGCGCUUGACCAUAGCACCCAGGGCAAGCAGUUCACUCUGGCCAAUCAUGAGGGCUCCACCCCAGGAAAAGUCUUCCUCACAACCCCAGAUGCCGCAGGCGUCAGCCAGCUGUUCUUUGCCACUCCUGACCUGGCCACACCGCACCUCCAGCUCUUUACAGAAAAUUCGCCUGACCAAGGACCAAAUAAAGUUUUUGAUCUUUGUGUAGUAUGUGGAGACAAAGCAUCAGGACGUCAUUAUGGAGCAAUAACUUGUGAAGGCUGCAAAGGAUUUUUCAAAAGAAGCAUCCGGAAAAAUUUAGUAUACUCGUGUCGAGGAUCAAAAGACUGUGUAAUUAAUAAGCACCACCGAAACCGCUGCCAGUACUGCAGGUUACAGAGAUGCAUCGCCUUUGGGAUGAAACAGGACUCUGUUCAGUGUGAAAGAAAACCCAUUGAAGUAUCCCGAGAAAAAUCUUCCAACUGUGCGGCCUCAACAGAAAAAAUCUACAUCCGCAAAGACCUCCGAAGCCCAUUGGCUGCUACUCCAACCUUUGUGACGGACGGCGAGGCCACCAGGUCAACAGGACUGUUGGAUUCAGGAAUGUUCGUGAAUAUUCAUCCGUCUGGAAUAAAAACAGAACCAACUAUGCUAAUGGCACCAGAUAAGGUUGAAUCAUGUCAGGGAGACCUAAGCACACUGGCCAGUGUGGUCACGUCACUAGCGAAUCUCGGCAAAGCUAAAGACCUUCCUUACACUAGUCACGACAUGCCUGUGGUGGAGAGCUUACGCAAUGGGGAUACACCCUUCUGUGCAUUUCAUCAGGAUAUCCAGACCAACGGUGACGUCUCAAGGGCGUUUGACACCCUUGCCAAAGCCUUGUCUCCCGGAGAAAGCCCAGCCUGUCAUAGCCCAGUGGAGAGCAUGGACGGACACGCGCACCUCAUCCCUGGAGAGUCGAGCUACAUGGAAAAAGAGGGGCCACUGCUCAGCGACUCCCAUGUAGUUUUCAGGCUCACCCUGCCUUCUCCUGUGCCCGAGUACCUGAAUGUGCACUACAUUGGGGAGUCGGCCUCCAGACUGCUGUUCUUGUCGAUGCACUGGGCACUUUCCAUCCCUUCUUUCCAGGCUCUAGGGCAAGAAAACAGUAUCUCGUUGGUAAAAGCGUAUUGGAACGAACUCUUCACUCUUGGUCUUGCCCAAUGCUGGCAGGUGAUGAACGUAGCAACCAUAUUAGCAACAUUUGUCAACUGUCUCCACAGUAGCCUUCAGCAAGACAAAAUGUCACCUGAAAGGAGAAAGUCACUGAUGGAGCACAUCUUCAAGUUGCAGGAGUUCUGUAACAGCAUGGUUAAACUCUGCAUCGACGGAUAUGAAUACGCCUACCUGAAGGCAAUAGUACUCUUCAGUCCAGAUCAUCCAGGCCUGGAGAACAUGGAGCUGAUUGAGAGAUUUCAGGAAAAGGCUUAUGUGGAGUUCCAGGAUUAUAUCACCAGGACGUAUCCAGAUGACACCUACAGGCUGUCCCGACUACUUCUCAGACUGCCGGCUUUGAGACUGAUGAACGCCACCAUCACCGAGGAGUUGUUCUUCAAAGGUCUCAUUGGGAAUGUGCGGAUCGACAGUGUCAUCCCACACAUUUUAAAGAUGGAGCCCGCGGACUACAACUCGCAGAUAAUUGGUCACAGCCUUUGAAAGCCGAGGGCACGUGGCUGUGGACUAAGUUUACUGUUCCUUCUUGGGACACCAGACACCAAAUUGAACUGUUGCUUCCAGGGCAUCUGCAAGUACUAACUUUAAGAGUAACCAAAAUUCAAAGUAUUUUUAUUUUGGAUUCCUUAAGAAGAAUUGAAGUGACGAGGCAGGGAUCCGGAAUAGACUUCCCGGUCUGUGCUGGGGGAGGAAUUAGAAAUGUGUGGGUCUGUUCUUGAUCAAGGUGACACCCAGGACUGUCUCCUCCUGACCAUCUACACUAAGCUUUCUCAUUCUAUUUUAUAAAACAAAUAAACUAGUAUUUCCCCUGAAUUGUGUUCUCUUCCUGUUUAAUUCCAUUGAGCUGGUUCACUGUAAUAAUGAGACACCCAGGCAGCUGCAUCUUAUUCCUCCAAAAUGUAAUCGUUUUAGUUAGCAGGUCAAAAGAUGAUUUUAUGUUCAAUUAUAUAAUGAUAAUUUUAGAACUAUGGGAAGUAAGAAAUGAAUAUAUAUUUUUAGCUUUUAUAACUAUCAAGCAUUUAACACUCUCGUUGCUGGCAAUGAGACAGAAGCCAUUUGUAAUUUUGGUUUUUAGUGUUGUAUAUUAUCAGUUAUGAGCACUUUUAUUCACUGUGGUAGAAAAUUAGUUUUGAGAACAAGAUAGAGAUCUGGUUUUAAAAUGUUGGGUUUCCUGUGUUCUAAACACAGUCAAGACUGAACCCAGGAUGUGUUAAUAUUUUAGACUGGGCAUUAAAAUUGUUGCUUUUCCAUUCCACAGAAAGCACCUAGCCUCUCCACAGAUGGGGUUCAGCUUCUCCAUUCUACCCUGGCUUUUAGCCAGUUUUAUUAGGUCGUUUAAAAAGACUCACCCAGUUUGUUAAGUAAUGCAAUUAUCGUAGCCAAUAUGGUCCCCAGGUGAGUUAAAUAAUUAAAGCCCUUGGUGAUUUGUAAAGGUAAAAGGAGAGCCGACGGAGGUUUUUUUCCUCCACUAAGUAGAAGAGGGACUGUUAAAACACCAUGAAGUCUCAUUGGCUACACCAAAAACAUUUCAGCCUCCUGAGCCUUCCACGUCAGUACUACAAGCAAUCAAUAUUUCUUUGUUCUGAUUUCAUAGAGAAUCCCUUUGGUAAAUCUAUUCAUCUGUUUGUUAAUAUUCUCUCUCCUCUCUCCCUUCCCUCUUCCUCUCUGUUUUGGUUUUUUGAGCCAGGAUCUUACCUCCCAGCCCAGACUGGACUCAAAUUUGCAGUGGUCAUCCUGCCUCCAGCUCCCAAUUGCUGGGAUUAAAGACAUGUACCACAUGCUGAUAUUUGUUUAUUUUUUAAACACAAAUGUAGAGAUUUUAUGGCAGCCAGAGUACAUUCUUUUAAUAAAGAUUUUUGCUGAAUUUUUCUAUGGGGGUGGCUUUUACUAAUAAUUAUAGUAACAAAAUGUUUAAAAGUAUAAUCUUGCAAAUUUUAUCAACUUACGACGAGGGCUUUAUUCCCUGUUUAAUUUUGCCAACAGCUUUAUUUAUAAUAAGCUGCUGGGGGAAAAACUACACAGAGCAUAAAAUGCUCACAUAGACUAUUUCAGUAGGGCAUGUCUAACCUGUAGCCUAACACAUCUGUAGAUGACAAUGUCGUAUCACAGUGUCAAAAUGUUGGACACCUCUGAAACCUUUGUCAUCUCAGAUAGUAAGCAAAGGAUUCAGGAAAAACAGUGCUUUAAAGCAGUGUACCAAUGCUUAAGAUAUGUCAUAUUUUUCCUGACUAAAUUUGUAGUUAUAUCGGGAAGUGGUUUUGAAACUGUAUUAAAAUGUGACUUGCAUUACAAAUUUCCGUA